CUCUGACCUGAGGCAGUGGGAGGAGACUUUGACAAUGAAUGUGCUGAGGACACAUGUUUACAAUGAUGGGGAAGAAUGGCGCUGCACAGGAGCACUGGACACUAUGGUGCCUUUGAACAGCUUGACAGUCAAGGAAGCUAACGAAAGUCACUGCAGAAGGACUGACCUGUAGUGUCUUUGGAGGAACAUGCUAAACAGACAUUGAAUGAGUUAUCACAGAAGCUGAUAGCAUUUGUUCUGUACCAAGUACAAUACACACUCUGUUCCCUGACAAUCUGGGACAAGGGGGACGAGUCAUCACAAGGACGAACAGGACAAACUGUGAAGUUCAUUUCUCAGGGAUCACUUCUCAGGGAUGACCAGUGCUCGGCUGCUGAACACUUAACCAGAAGAGUCUGUGUUGUUUGGUGCCUAACCUUCACACAGGAUGGCAUCCACUGUGUCCUCAGUACCCCGUGGCGUCUUCGGCCCCUCGUCGCCUCCUCCAGCUGUCUGGCCUCCUCUGGACUUCGCCCUAGGUGCCCUUGCCUGCUGUGCGGCCUGCGUGUUCACCAAUCCCUUGGAGGUCGUAAAGACCCGUCUGCAGCUUCAGGGAGAGCUGCGUGCACGGGGAUCCUACCAGAGACACUACCGCGGAGUCCUGCAGGCCCUCUGGGUGGUGGGCCGCACAGAUGGGCUCCGGGGCCUGCAGAAGGGGCUCUCAGCUGGGCUGAUCUACCAGGGUGUGAUGAAUGGUGUGAGGCUGGGCUCCUACUCCUACUGUGAAGCUCUGGGUAUCACCUCGUUCCAUGGAGGGAGUCUGCUGUCAGGGGCAGGGGCAGGGGCGCUGGGUGCCUUCAUUGCCUCUCCUGCCUACCUGGUGAAGACCCAUCUGCAGGCUCAAACUGUGCAAACUAUAGCAGUGGGCCACCAGCAUAACCACCUGGGAGUAUCUGAUGCCUUCGUUACCAUCUAUAGAAGAGAAGGUUUAAUUGGCCUUUGGAGGGGUGUGAACGGGGCCGUGCCUCGAGUCAUGGUGGGAUCAGCUGCCCAACUGGCAACCUUCACCUCGGCCAAGGACUGGGUGUCACAUUCCCAGUGGUUUAGUCCAAACAGCUGGCUUACGGCUCUGAUAGCUGCCAUGAUCAGUGGAGUCGCUGUGGCGAUCACAAUGACACCAUUUGAUGUUGUUAGUACACGUCUCUACAACCAGCCGGUGGAUGAGUCUCAUAGGGGCCGUCUGUAUCAUGGAUUUUCAGAUUGUAUGCUGAAGGUGUGCCAAGCUGAAGGCCUGCUGGGGUUGUAUAAAGGCAUGGGCCCAGUCUUCCUGCGUUUAGCCCCACACACGGUGCUCAGCAUGCUGUUCUGGGAUGUGAUGAGGCAACAGACAAUAAAGGACAACCACAGCCAGGGAAGAAGCUAAAACAUCCCAAACAACUGUGCAGGAUUGACUGUUAAGAGGUCAAUCAAUUAAAUAUUAAAAAAGUAUAUAUAAAGUAGCUGACAAACUAUCAGGUUUUACUUUAAUACCUCAAAUGAUGAAUCUACAAGCAAUGCCUCGGGCUUCCACGUGCUGACUUGAAUGAGAGACGUGAGGCCCACGUGGCUUUCAAGAAUAUCAGGAUAUCAAUGGAGAGCCGAUGACCUGAACAACGGGUCUGGAUUGUUAAAACAUAAGCUAUGUAUUCCAGGUUUAUAGUGAGGCUGCUGUAAACUGUCACAGUUUGAUGGAUGACUCCAGUUGCCUUGUCUGUUAUAUGAUGGGAAUGUUUUUAUCUACUGACAUAUGAACUACUGGUACCUAAAGCCAAGAAUGCCAUUUCAUUCAACGAUUUUAUUUACAGAAAUGUAACCUACGGGUAUUUCAAGCCUUUAAACAAUUGAUGACAAUUAAUAAUAAUAAUAAUAAUAAUAAUAAUAAUAAAGACUUUUUUGUAUGAAA